GUCAAAGUCCUGCUUCAGGGAAUCGAAACUUAACAGGGGAUGUCAUGAAAAGGACUGUGACACACGCAGCCUCCGCGGGUUUACUCCUCGUCCAUCACUGCCCAGUUAUUCCCCGGGUGUCUUUCUCUAUUUCCCGCAUUUUAAAUCGCCAUGAUACGCAUUUAAACCUUGCUCCGCUUCAAUGAACUUCCUCGCUGCUUCAGUGAACUAGCAUGGAUCCUGCCAGACAGAAGCGAAAGACGGAUAUAAGCGAAGCUCUGACAUUUAUACAGUCUUCACUGGCUUAUCCAGACCCUGAGGGCUACCAGGAUUUCCUGACCCAGUUAGUGUGCAACUUGCUGGAGGAGGGCAACGCCUGCUUCCGAGACAGACAAUGGCAACAGGCCAUCAGAGAGUUCAGCGAAGGCCUGAAUGUCUCUAACUACGCUGAAGCGGACGACAUCCAGAUCUCCGAAGCGUUGCUGGAGAGUCUGUACGUCAACCGCGCCGCCGCCUACCACAGCAUGGGGGAGUUUGACCAAGGAGUGCAGGACUGUGACAAAGCUCUGGAAGUGUGUAAAGACAGUCGCAGGGCCUUGUACAGGAAGGCGCUGUGUCUGAAGGAGCUGGGGGAGUAUAAGGAGGCGUACAACUGCACCACCAAGUAUCUGCUCAGCACCCCUCAGGACAAACAGGUGAAGGACCUCGCACAGGAGCUGACCAACCAUCUGGGACUGAGAAUUAGAAAACCCUACGUGAGCGCAAAGGUGCCUGUUAGUCGAAUAAGUAAUGGCACCAAGAGUCCACUGAGUUCAGUUGUACCAGUCGACUUUUCCAGAAAUUGUCAGACUUCCUUUACCUCCACACCCCCCAGCGACCUCCAGCCCACCUCCUCUGUAGCUCCAGACGUGGUGGAAGCUUUGGAGGAUACUGAGCUGAUGGACGACGACUUAGACACUCUACUCGACUGCUUCCCUACCGAACCAGCUGAGACUCACAUCCAGGCAGCGUUCCCAGUCCCCGGUAAAACAUCCGCUACAACAUCAUCACUUCCUCCGGUCCUUCCCGCCCCAACGCCUCAGCUACCACCGGCCUUUUUCAGCUCGGCCAUCAGCCCGCUCAACUCCCUGGACUCCUUCUUAACUGCUGGGCACAGCACCUCAGCGGCGACACUGGAUAUCUUAGAUGACCUCUCCGGAACUGGAGGUGGUGCGGGCGCCUCAAACUCAGCCCUGCCCUCCGCUGCACUGGAUUCACUGGAUGAUCUUGAUUCCCUCGACGGCUUCUCGGAUGUGGCGCUGAGUUCUGCUGCUGCUGCUGCUGCUGCUGCUGAGGAAGUUGAUGAAUCUCAAAUAGAGCUGGAUUCAGGGGAAAAAUCCCUUGACGAGUUGCUGGAUGAGCUGAAUCCUCUAGAGGGUAUCUGCUAUGAGGGUGGUCCGCAGGUACCUAAAGGAAGCAUUAACACCAUGGACCAGCUUGACUCCCUCGACGCCCUGGACUCGUUUCCCUCUGUGAAAGGUGGUGGGGCAGCUUUGCCAGUAGUCUCCUUUGGGGGAAUGGGUCUGGACUCGCUUUCCGAUUUCAGCCCAACUGGAUCUAACUGUGCUGCAGCUCCUGUAACUCGAGCACUAAAGAACCACUACAAAGAGAAGAGUAACCAGAGGCGUGUUUCCAUCUAUAACCCUCUCUCCGCCACCCAUGAGUUCCUUCAGGCCUGCUCUCUCUGCUUCCCCCGAGAAGGUAAAGGGGUUGACUCCUUUGUCCACAAGCCAGACCUGAUCCACGACUGUAAACGAGACAUUUUAUUGUGCAGACGGAAGGCGGCUUGUCCCCCGGCGUGGACCAGAGUACGACCCCUUCCCACCAAGUCGUCCUUUACUGGACCGUUUCUGCUUUGCAAAAAUCUGCUGGACUCAGGCUUUUGUAAGUACGAAGAGAAAUGCACGUUUGCCUACAACCAGCUGGAGAUUGACGUCUGGACCCAAGAGAGGAAGGGGACGUUGGACAGACGCCUGAUGUUUGAGACAGAACCCGUCAAACUGGACCCCGUAAACAGCAUCAUACGCCUCCUACAGGAACACAAGGGCUCCUUCAUAUUCCUCUGUCAGGAGUGUUACGAUAAUAAACCCAGAGUCAUCAGUAAGCGCAGCAGAGCCAAUCCCACCACCUGCUCCAACACGGAUGUUCAUCACAACUUCGAUGCCAAUAAGUGUUUGGCCUUUGUGGUGAGCACCUUUAAUGUGAACUACAGCAAGGUUCGUCCGCUGAGCGUCCUCUGCCUCUUGGAUUUGUGCCGUAAAGCGAUCCGGUACGGCUGCCAGUGGGAGGACGAAUGCAACUACGCUCAUUCAAUCAUAGAGCUCAAAACCUGGAGGGUGCAGCGAGACACAGGUAUCAGCCCAGAUGAAAUUGUUAAAAUAUCCACAAAGCAUCUUGAGACAGAGGAGCAAAACUCAAGCAAACAGAAAGGAAACAGAUUGUCCUCUGGGGGGGACUGGAGCAAACCAAAAGGAGCAGAGGGAGGAAGAAGAGGCGGCGGGAAGACACUAAACAUGAAUAUGAAGUUCGCCUGCGCUCAGUGUUGGCGGGACGGACUCAUCAGUGAACCAGAUAAAACCCUCAAGUAUUGCUCAGCCAAAGCCCGACACAUGUGGACCAAAGAGAGACGAGUGCUGCUGGUCAAGUCUCCAGAGAGAAGUAAAUGGGUUCAGGUCCGACCGCUGCCACAUGCCAAGAACUUCCCUUUAUACUAUGAUAUGUGCGCCCAGAUUCGGGACAAGAAGAAAUGCAACUACUCAGGAAACUGCACAUUUGCUCACAGCGAGGAGGAGAGAGAAAUGUGGAUGUAUAUGAAGAACCACGACUUGCGGGAAAUGCAGCAGAUGUACGACAUGUGGUUGACUUUAACCGGACACAAGCGCCAAACAAACGGAGCCGUGAGCUCUCAGCCGGUCCCGGAGGAGAAAGGCAUCGUGAUGCCGACCGACUACGCUGAACCGAUGACCGGCUUCCACUGUCGUCUCUGCGGGAAACACAGCAACAGCGAGCGGCAGUGGCAGCAGCACAUUUCCUCCGAGAAGCACAAGGACCGAGUGUUCAGCUGUGAGGGGGAAGACGAGGCUCUGACCUGGAGCUACCGCUUCCCCGGAGCUCGCUUCGAACUCUGCCCCCGGUUGAGCGAUGGGUCGGCUGACGGAUGUCCUGAACGAAUGAGCUGUGACUACGCCCACAGUCCGGAGGAGCUGCAGGAGUGGAGAGAAAGACGAGAUUUUCUGCGACGCAAGUUAGCCCGAGCCAGAGACGACAUGCUCAUCAUGCCCGAGCAGUCGGACUUUGGGAAGUACAACUUUUUACUUCAGGACUGAGAACUAUUCGAGCCAUUUCUUUUUUUUUCUCACUGCCAAAGAGUAUCAAGGAUUUUCAAAACAAAAUCUUCACAGUAUCUGUUCAUACCGUUUGCCAAAUAUCAAUUUUAUUUGCUUUCCCAAAAAAAAAUGUGUGGUUAUAUUAAUGGAGUUCUGGUGUUUUAGUUUGUGUGGAGCAACGUUUAUUGGUCCUGUCCUGUAAAAUAAGACUCAUGCAGACACAAACUCAGCUCAUAAAAGAUUCAUAUCAAACCACACAUCCAGCUUUUAGUUUUGUUAGUUUCUGUUUUGUUUGAGCCGAGAUAAUCAUGUAAGAAAUGUUCAAAUCGUGAACCGCCGAAUAAAAUUCUUCACAUGACAGA